GAGUCUCCGCAGGUCGUGCCAUAGGGUGCUGUAGGGGCUGCCCCCGCUGCCUCCUGCUUGCAUUAAAGAGGGGCUGCGAAGGACCUUGUGACACAUGGGASCAAGGCAGGGCAGGGGCGAUAGACACCUUGAAGAGAGUCGAUGCUGGACUUCAUCUUCCUCAGCCUCCAUUAUGUCCUCUGCUUCCUCAUCUCCAUUGCAAUCUGGCGUGGAGCAAAGGCUGUGGAUUCGCACAGCUCAAGCACAGGAGGAGCUGAGAUGGGGCCAGAUGGUCUUGUAUUCAUUGGCAAAGAAGAGGACAUAAAGAAGUCCCAAAGAAUAACAGCCAAAAUCGAUGGCAGAGAAAUUGUUGUUUUCUACCAUGAGGGGAAAUUUCAUGCUCUGGACUCUCGGUGCUACCAUGAAGGAGGCCCUUUAUGCAAUGGAGAAAUAGAGGAUAUUGAUGGACAAGCCUGUAUUGUUUGUCCUUGGCAUAAGUUUAAAAUUACCUUGGAAACAGGAGAAGGAUUGUAUGAAGGAAUAAACCCUCUGGAGCCAUCACCAACACCAAAGUGGCAAUCAAAAGGAGUCAAACAAAGGAUUCAUAAGCUUACAAUAGACAAUGGAAACAUUUAUGCAAGUCCUCCAGAUUUGUCUGUGAACUUUGACUCUGAUUAUUAUGCUGAAAAGUACAAAAAGGGKGGUGAAUUAGCCAUAGGAAAACCAAGCAACUUAGAAGGCACAGAGUAGGUYAUGGCCAGAAAGCAGAAUCUGGGGAAUUCACCAGUGAAGAACCUUCGCUAGGAAAUAAAAAUGUACUUUGCCAGGAAGAUUGUCUCCAAAUUAAAUUCUAGUGUUCAUGUUAUGUUAAAGCACUGAAAUACAUGGAAUUGAUUACAAUAAGAAGCCCUCCAUUGUCAGAAAUGUGGCUGCUCUUGUGCCAAGGAUUUUUUUGCACUUGCRUUUCAAAAAGUCUUAUUCACAGCAGAGUGGCUCAUAAUAUUUGAUAUUUUGCUAGGACUAUUUUAAAUUUUAAGAGGGGAUAUAGUGUAUUACGGCUUAUAAAACUUACUACAUCAAGGCAGAUAGUCAGGUGUAAAGGUUAUCUUUAUAUAUUUAACAGUUUAUAUUGCCUUCACUAAAAAUGACAUGGAAGUUUCUGACUUUUUAGCUAUUGUGUGGKCUCUAGGUGUUUAUCAAAUGCAAAAAGGAAAGCACAAAACUUCAGCAUAUUUUAGUGCACUCUUUUAUGCCUAUUAGUGCAUUACUACCUUGAGUAUAUAGAGGUAUUAAUUUUCCUUCUCCUCACUGAGCUCCUCUUGUUAGUUCAUUAAAUCAUGUGCCAAGGAUUUGUUGUGCUUGUCUUGUUCUUCCUGAUCCUGUUGGUUAAAGAGGGAGCUGUUUGGUGCGAUAUGUGAUGUAGUAGCCCUUGUUUGCUUUCUUGCUUUUAUUUAUUGUAAUCACAUUUUUAUACAUUCAUUCAGGAAAAAAAUCCUUCUGUGCAGAGGCAAAGAUUGUGCUUUUCUGUGUGUGUUCACUGUACAAUAUGAGACCUGCCCCACAAAUCCCUUCCAAGGAAGUUUCUCCCUGAGCUCUSAUGCACUCCAGGACACUGUGGGUUUUUCUGUCCAGCCCAUGGGGUCUGGAGUGCGGAGACACCCAGUCUUCACUGAGCAUCACAGAAUCACUGAGGAUGGGAAACACCUCUGAGACCAUCGAGACUGACUGUUAAAUCAGCACUGCCGAGGCCACUACUGUGCAUCUUUUAAAUACAUCAUCCUACAAGGCUGCAAUUCUUCAGC